AUGGAAAAAAUGCAGAUCGCAAUCGCAGGCAUCAGUGAGAUGAGAUGGAGAGGUAACGGGACAACAACAACAUCAAGCGGCAAUCUAAUGAUGCACAGCGGGACCAAUGAUGGAGGCAGGAGCGGAGUCGGGAUAUAUGUGUCCAAACAGUACAAACAGACACUAAUUUCCUGGACCCCAGUAUCCGACAGAAUCAUCAUUGCCAGAUUCCGAUGCCAUGCUAGACACAUCACCAUCGUGCAGUGCUAUGCCCCAACAGAAGACGCCAGCGAUGACAUCAAAGACGACUUCUACAACGCCCUCACAUCCUAA